AUAUUGAUCAAUUCUUGAUUUGAUUCGCUACAAGGAUGAUCGAUAUCGCGACUCCUGAGUUUCUCAACGAACUGCAGUCUUUGUAUCCUGCAACUGCAAAAUAUCUCGACGGUGACUGGUUCCUAGCUGCCGCUGUAGCAUUCAGCUCGAGCAACUGUCCCGAAGCCGUCCCACGUGUACUUCGCUAUGCUCUCGAUGCUCUCGACAAGCUCCCUGAGACAUCGUAUGAAGAUCGCAGGUUGCUCGUGAGGAAGAUGAGGGAUGGACUCUUGAAGUCUGGCAUACUCUCUGGUUAUCCUAAAGCUAUCAAUGCUCUUGUUUCGCUCUAUGAAGCCACUCCAGAAGAGCUUCGAGACACUGAGCCUCUACGUGACUCUACUCGAUCGAAAGAAGAAGACGCUGCAGCUGGCCAGGCGUAUUUUGAUUUGACGUUCGGUGAUACCACAGCAAAAAUACAGCCCAUGCUUAGAUCUCUAUACCCAGACCUCGAACACUUCGUGGUGACAGUCGGGUACGGGUACGUGUACUCCUUCGUGGAAGUGAUCUCAGACAAGGAGACAUCAUUCGCCACCAUAUCUACCAUGAUCGCGAAUGGCACACCCAGUCAGGUUGAAUGGCACCUGACUCGCGCUGUUCACCAUGGUGCAACAGUUGAGGAGGCAAGAGCUGUACGAGAGAUCGCACUGAGAAUCGCGAUCAAGGCAGGCGUUCCCUUAAAAAUCGAAGUUCCCAAUAUUUGAUCUAAUCGACUACAUAAAUGUGCACAUGGAAUCAAUUAGGCUUCGGAAGUGGCCAUGACACGUUGGUGUAUCGAGAAGCGUGGUUUUUGUCGGGUGGUCGUUUUCGGCUUCGUUUGGGCGUGGCAGGAGUAGUGCAAUC